GUAUGAAGUCGCUUCUUGUUGUGGCGGCCGUGCUCGCUGUCGGAGCUCUUGCUCAGGGAGACGAUGCCAAAGGACCAAAGGUCACUGACAAGGUCUACUUUGACAUGGAAAUUGGAGGAAAACCAAUCGGACGUAUCGUCAUCGGACUUUUCGGAAAAACCGUCCCAAAGACCGCCACCAACUUCAUUGAGCUCGCCAAGAAGCCAAAGGGAGAAGGAUAUCCAGGAAGCAAGUUCCACCGAGUCAUCGCAGACUUCAUGAUUCAAGGAGGAGAUUUCACCCGUGGAGAUGGAACCGGAGGACGCUCUAUCUACGGAGAGAAGUUCGCCGACGAGAACUUCAAGCUGAAGCACUACGGAGCCGGAUGGUUGUCGAUGGCCAACGCUGGAGCUGAUACCAAUGGAUCCCAAUUCUUCAUCACCACAGUCAAGACCCCAUGGCUCGAUGGACGCCACGUCGUUUUCGGAAAGAUCCUCGAAGGAAUGGAUGUGGUCCGCAAGAUCGAACAGACCGAGAAGCUUCCUGGGGACCGCCCGAAGCAAGACGUCAUCAUCGCCGCUUCUGGACACAUCGCCGUCGACACUCCAUUCUCUGUUGAACGCGAGGCCGUCGUCUAAGCUCAAAUGACUUCUCUUUUUAAAUAUCGAUCUGUGAUUCUCCUGACUUCAGACACCUGAAUUAAAGAGUAAUUCGAGUUUCUUUUUAAUUUAUCGACUUUUUUGUGCGUUUCCAAUUAAAUAAUAUUACAAAGU